AUGACGCUCACCAGCUCUAGCGCCUCCAGCAGCAUCACUUUGUCCAGCACGACGGGAAGCAGCAUGACCACUCUGAGUGGCACUAGUGGCACCAGAAGCACUACCCGGACCGGCACGACGACAAGCAGCAGUUCCAGUGGGAGCAGCACCAGCGUAUCCAGCAGUUCCACUUUGUCGGGCACGACCAGAAGCAGCAGUAGCACUCUUACCAGCAUCAGCACCACCAUCAGCACCUCCCUGACCAGCACGACGGGAAGCAGCAUUACGACUCUCAGCAGUGCAAGCGCAACCAGCAGUACCACCUUGACUAGCAUGACGUUCACCAGCACCACUACGAUUGCCACUACAAGCGUGACCAGCAGCGCCACCCUGACCAGCACGACGUGGAGCAGCAGCACCACGCUUGCCAGCACAAGUGCAACCAACAGCAUUACUUUGACGAGCGCGACGUCAAGCAGUAGCACCACUUCCAGAACAACCCUGACUAGCACGACGGGCACCAGCACCACCACGCUUGCCAGUACAAGUGCGACCAGCAGCGCGACCCUCACGACUGGAAGCAUAACUAGAACUGCAAGCAGCACCAGCGCAACGAGCAGCAUUACUUUGACGAGCGCGACGGGAAGCAGCAGUACCACUGUCAGCAGAACCAGCUCAACCAGCAGCAUCUCUUUGACGAGCACCUCGGAUACCAGCAGUACCACUCUCAGCAGCGCUAGUGCGACCAGCAGCACCUCUGUGACUAGCGUCUCGGAAACCAGCAGCACCACUGUUUCCAGUACAACGCAGAGCAGCAGCACCACACGCAGCAGCACAAGCGCGACCAGUAGGUCGACCGUCUCCACCACGACGGGAAGCAGCAGUACCACUCUCAGUAGCGCAAGCGCAACUAGCAGCGCCACUGUGUCCAGCACGACAAGAAGCAGUAGCACCACUGCCAGCAGCACCAGCGCAACAAGCAGCACCACCCUGACCAGCAAGACAGGAAGCAGUAGUACCACUGUCACUAGCAAUAGCGCCACCAGCAGCAUCACUUCGACGAGCACGACUGGAAGCAGCAGCACAACUGCCAGCAGCACCAGCGCAACCAGCAGCACCAUAUUGACGACCACGACAGUCACAAGCAGUACCACUGUCAGCAGCACCAGCGCAUCUAGCAGCACCACUGUGACCAGCACGACGGGCAGCAGCAGUAACACUGCUAGCAGCACCAGCGCAACCAGCAGCACAACUGCGUCGAGCACGACGGGCAGCAGCAGUACCACUGUCAGCAGCACCAGCGCAACCAGUAGCACAACCGUUUCGAACACGACGGGAACAAGCAGUACCACUCCUAGUAGCACCACCGGAACCAGCAGCACCACUGUUUCCCGUACAACGCAGAGCAGCAGCACCACACGCAGCAGCACAAGCGCGACCAGUAGCACGACCGUUUCCAGCUCCUCGUUGACCAGCACGACAAGAACCAGCAGUACCACUCUGAGCAGCACCAGCGCAAGCAGCAGUUCAACGUUGACCAGCACGACGGGCACCAGCAGUACCACUCUCAGCAUCACAAGCGCUACUAGCAGCACCACUGUGUCCAGCACGACGGGCAGCAGCACCACCACUGCCAGCAGCACCAGCGCAACUAUCACGACUAGCCAAACUAGCACGACAAGAAGCAGUAGCAGUACUCUCACUAGUAACAGCCCUACCAGCAGCAGUACUCUGACGAGCACCACUGUGUCCAGCACGACAAGAAGCAGUAGCACCACUGCCAGCAGCACCAGCGCGACCAGCAGCACCACCCUGACCAGCACGACAAGAAGCAGUAGUACCACUCUCACUAGCAAUAGCGCCACCAGCACUUUUACCCUGACGAGUACGACUUGGAGCAGUAACAGCAAGACCAGCAUCACUCUUACUAGCACUAGCGCAACCAGCAGCACCACUGCUUCCAGCGCGACGGGAACCAGCACCGUUACGCUGACCAGCGCGACGGGGACCAGCAGCACUAUUACAACCAGCAGCCUUAGCAGCAUUACUCGCAGUAGCACAAGUGCAACGAGUACAACCACGGUCUCCAGCACGACGGGAACAAGCACCACCACACGCAGCAGCACAAGCCCAACCAGCAGUACCACGGUUUCCAGUACGACUGGAAGCAGCAGUAGCACUCUCAGCAGCACCAGCGUAACCAGCAGCACAACGGUUUCCAGCACGACGGGCACCAGCAGUACCACUCUCAGCAGCACAAGCGCUACUAGCAGCACCACUGUUUCCAGCACGACGGGCACCAGCAGUACCACUCUCAGCAGCACCAGCAUAACCAGCAGCACCACUGUGUCCAGCACGACUAGAAGCAGCAGUACCACCCUCAGCAGCACAAGCGCCACCAGCAGCACGACUGUGUCCAGCACGAGCGUCACGAUCACCUCAAGCACCACACUCACGAGCACGACGGGCACCAGCUCAUCCACGAUCACCAGUACCACGUUCACCACCAGCAACACCACCACCACAUUCUCCACGACGGCUACCACGAGCACAACGGUUUCCUACACUACGACCAGCAUCAGCACCACCACCACCUCUACGACGACCACAUCGAGCACAACAAGAUCCUCCACGACCACCAGUAGCACCACUUCCACUUCCACUGGCACUUGUACUUGCACGCUUACGACCACGACCAGCACCAGCAGCACUACCAGCGUCACUUCGACGACCUCCACGACCUCCACCUCGAGCACGUCGACCACUCUGACAACCACGAAGACCACGUUUACGGAGACUACCUUCACCACCACGGACACGGGCAAGUCCAUCGUGAUCGGGGGCGACUUCGCCGUGACCGUGCCCUAUCCAUCGGAGUACGUCUUGGCCUGCUCCAACGUGCCAGACGUGCGAGCCGCGCUGCAGAGGUCGGUCGCGGGCUACCUUGGCGGUACCGUGGCGCCCGCGGCCGUCACGGUAUGGUGCGAGCUGAUCGGCGGGCGCCGCGCCACGGCGGGCCGCCGGCUGGCCGGCGUCGUCACCCAUCUGUACGAAGUCGCUGUGCCGGUCGGACACUCCGAUUCGGUCCUCGAGAGAGCAGAAGCGCUGCUGAGCUCCGAGGCUUCCAGCGACGACCUGGCGAGUUUCCUCGCCACCAUCGGUACCGAGCUCUCCAGCGUGUCGGGCAUGGCCAGCAACAUCCCGUCGGAUGUAACUGGAGGCGCCACGCCCUCCAUGGCCACACUAACGACCGUCUCGACCGCCACCACUGUAACGGGAACGACCCUGCUGGCUCCGGGCGCGACGGCCACUGAGAUAGACGAGGCGGCCAAGGAGGCCGAGACUUCGCUCCUGAUGUCGGUGCUCGCCAACGUGGCCCUUGGCCAGCCGCAGUCUGGCGAGGAGCCUGCCUCGACCAGCGGCGGCGUCAUCACCCAGGCGCAGGUGGAGGUCGAGGUGGGCACGGUGGUGGCAGCGGCGCUGAGCGGAGGUACAGAAGAUGCAAACACCACCUCGAACACCACCUCGAACACCACCUCCGCCGUCGUGGCGGUGGCCAGGAGCGCAGUCUCGGUGAGCGUCCCGCUUUCCCUGGUGAGGAACUUGGCGUCGGAGGGUGCUUCGGGGGGUUCCCCGGGGGACGUGGUAUCGCUGGUGGUGACCGCGUUCGGCAAUGAGUCCGCAUCGGCCUUUGAGGCAGAGCCUACUCAGACGUCGACCAGAGUCGUGGCGCUGGUCGCCCCCGUGAGCAUCAAUCUGUACUUCGGCGCUUCGGAGUUGUCGGGCCUGGACUUGAGGGACAAUCCUAUACGCAUCACGCUGGCAGCCGAGAAGCCGGACGGCGCCAGAUGUGCUUACUGGGACGAGGAGAGGCUCAGGUGGGCGUUCGACGGUCUCACGGAGCCCAUGCGCGUGAUCUUUGACAUUUUGUUUGACAGCGUGUUCAGCUACAACGCACUUGCGGGCGAGGCGAGGCGAAUCCACAUCAGAUCUGAGACGUGCUCCAGCUUCGUGGACAGCCACUUCUCGCAGGUUGCGUAUCACGAGGGCCUUGCUGACACCGGGGGCGACACCUUGCGCGGGCGCGAGGGCGACAGCUUCACAGCAGACGACGCGUUCGACAUGUGCCAAGUGUCUCUGACGAAUAUCUACCAGGUGUUGACCAGGGAAGUUGUUGCAGUCGAUGCGCGCGCUGCUGCGGGUCGUGAUGCUCUGGAUCGGUGCGCCACUUGGACUUGGGGCGUGGUGCUCGGGGCCCCGUUGCUCGAUGUCGCUCGUGCGAGUGGGCGGGGGGCGGGCAGCUUCGACCUGGUGGAAGUGACGAUUUGGGAGACGGUGCCGGAACGGAUAGACGCGUCCAGUUUCGCCGUUAUCAUUCAGUUCCCAGCUGCAGCAGCGACCCUGUCUCUGGAGACGGUCAUGGCCAGGAGGAAGACUCAGGAUCUCGGCGAUUUUGCCUUUGAAGCUCUCUGCGCGCCUUCGCCCGUGCGUUCGGCUCCCGCAGCUCCCCCUUAUCGGCCCGCGCCCCUCGCGCCCUCCCUGGCCUGA